UCCACCUGCCGGGCCCUGCACACAUCUGUCACCAUGUGGUUCCUGGUCCUGUGCCUCGCCCUGUCCCUGGGGGGGACUGGUGCUGUGCCCCCGAUUCAGUCCCGGAUUGUGGGAGGCUGGGAUUGUAAGCCGCAUUCCCAACCCUGGCAGGCGGCUCUGUACCAUUACAGCACCUUCCAGUGCGGGGGCGUCCUGGUGCACCCCCAGUGGGUGCUCACGGCUGCCCAUUGCAUCAGCAACCAUUACCAGCUCUGGCUGGGUCGCCAUGACUUGUUUGAGGACGAAGCCACAGCCCAGUUUGUUCUAGUCAGUAAGAGCUUCCCACACCCUGACUUCAACAUGAGCCUCCUGAAGAACCACACCCGCCUCCCAGGCGAGGACUACAGCCACGACCUCAUGCUGCUCCAGCUGAAGCAGCCUGUCCAGAUCACAGAUGCCGUGAAGGUCGUGGAGUUGCCCACUGAGGGCGUCGAAGUCGGGAGCACCUGUUUGGCCUCCGGCUGGGGCAGCAUCGAACCAGAGAAGUUCUCAUUUCCAGAUAUUCUCCAGUGUGUGGACCUCAAAAUCGUGCCUAAUGAUGAGUGCGACAAAGCCCACACCCAGAAUGUGACAGAGUUCAUGCUGUGUGCCGGAUCCCUGGAAGAUGGCCAAGACACCUGUGUGGGUGACUCAGGGGGCCCGCUGACCUGUGACGGCGUGCUCCAAGGCAUCACAUCAUGGGGCUACGUCCCUUGUGGCAGCCCCAACAAGCCUUCUGUCUUCGUGAGAGUGCUGUCAUAUAUGAAGUGGAUCAAGGACACCAUAGCGGACAACUCCUGAAUGCCCAGCCCUGUCCCCUACCCCCAGUAAAACUGAAUGUGCAUCAAA